CGUCACGUAGUAGAGAGAGAGAGAGAGAGAGAGGGGGAGGGGAUCCGCGGUUCCGGAUUCCCUCCCAACAGGGAAAUAGAGAGAGAAAGGUGAAGCCCAAGCUUCUUUGUCUGAACUUUCUCUCUCUAAGAAUUUCUGUGAACUUUCUCUCUCUAAGAGUUUCUUUGAACUUUCUCUCUCUAAAAAGAAUUAAGGACCCGCAGCACGAGCAGUACCAAGAAGGAGAGAGAGAAAAAGUUGGAACCCUUUGAUUUUUUUGCAGAAGAAAGAUGACCUCUCAUGGCUACUCUGUAGAGCUCUACUUCGACCCUGCCCUAGAAAACCAGGUGCUCAAAGCCUGGAACGUCUUAGCUCGACGUCAAAUCUCGACCCACCUCAUUCAAAUGGAGUCUCGGCCCCAUAUAACUCUUUUCUCCACUUCCUCUAUCGACCCACCUAAGCUUCUCUCUCCUAUCAAGUCCUUCGCCUCUCGAUUGGAGCCCAUCCCCCUUUCUCUCUCAUCUGUUGCCGCCUCCUCUUCUCUCUCUUCCUCCUCUCUCUCUCUGGAAAGCAACCUCCUCUUCCUCUGUCCAACCCCCACAUUCUCGCUCCUCGACCUCCACUCUCGCCUCAUCGACUCUCUGAAGAAAGAGGGAAUCGAAAUACCGGAGCCCUUUCGGCCUGAUUCAUGGAUACCCCAUUGCUUAGUUGCGCAAGAUGUGCCUCAAGAACGCAUGGGGGAAACAUUUACUGUGCUCAGAGAUGUUCUCAAGCUCCCUGUCUCUGGUUACGGCCUUCAUGUCGGGCUUGUUGAGUUUCCUCCAGUUCGAGAGCUCUUCUCAUUUCCAGUUGGCAACCCCUCUGAUUUCUAGCUCUAGCCCCAAUUCCUCUUGUUUGGUGGAUCUGGUUCUCUGAAUGCUGGUACUGAUGUAUGAGAGAGAGGGUGGUGCCAUUGUUGGGUUGUUUCUCUCUCUCUCCUGUCCCAAAACUCAGGUCCAUGUUGCGGAUUGACUUGGAGGGCUAGAUCCCUGUUGCUAAAUGAAGAUAUUUUGAGAUGGAAAAUGUUGUUGACUUUAUGGAGCUUUCAUCCAUUCAUGAAACUGAAGACAUACUAAAUUUCCCUUUUACUACCGCUGGAGUUCAGUCCAAACAGAAGUCCUGAAUUUUAGGGUUUUGUUAUAAAAUUGAUUAGAUCACACUAAUUUUGAGGUUACUAAUGAAAUCAUAGGCACUAGCAUGCAACUACUCUCUCUCUCUCUCUCUCUCUCUCUCUCUCUUGAUAUUUUUUAUAUUUUGUUUUCUUUGUUUCUUUUGAACUUCACCAAAUACAUGCUAAAUAUUUUGUAGUU